GACAUUUAAAAUUCCCUCUUAAUUUUUUAUGUGACGCAAUACAGUAGUGUCGUGUGGUGGUGAGAUGCUAAUUGGCUGAAACAUGGCUCAGCACUUGAACAACCAUUCUCGUGUAUUAUGGUUUUCGGUGUGUAAGGAUAGUGAUGUAAGGAAGUAUAUGUCCAUCCCCAUCCAUUAAGAUUCCCCAUAGUACUAUCGCCAUCGGGUCGACUAUCGAGCUGCUUGAAUUGAUGAGUGAGGACUGAGGAGUUGGUGGUGUUUUCAGGAGUUACCCUGAUUGCCGAUCAUAUAUAUAUCACAUCUCGUACACCUGCACCUGCACCUGAUCAGAAUCAAAAUUUGCUCUUUGCAGAUAAGAAAAAAAUUGCAGCUUGGAGCACGUGUGAAAUUGACCACCAAAAAAAUAUAAAAUUGUAGAAGAUUCAUCAUGGCAAUUAACACCAUAUUGUUGGAUUUCACUGUGAAUCCCACUAGCAUUUCUGAUGUUGAGGAGCGACAACAACUUCAAAGUGAUAUUGAAUCAAUUGUAGUGGAAUAUAUACCAUCUCUGAAGUUUAAACAAACCAUAGAUACAGACGGUGGAUUCCUCUCUCUGUAUUCUGGCGAACGGGAAGUGUUGCUGUCUCUCAGAGGCUUUGUGCGAGGAUUUGUUUCAAUUAACAUUGAGUAUUACAAAGAAGACAAGGAGAAGCCAUUGCUUGCAUUUGAGCACAUUCGUGGUUUGGAGUUGUGCCUGCGCGCUAAGCUAGGUAGUUGUCGCAGCAAGGCUUUCCCUCCGGUGAAGCGGGGCGCAGCUCUGGAUGUGUACCUGACCACUUCAGCAUUUUCCCCAUAUUACUUGAUUUUGUUGCAGUCAGUUCGCAAGCUUGAGAAUACUAUAAGAGACAAAGUUAAGGGGACUGGAAGUCAGGCUUUGCCAGCCAUAACACGUGGGAGUGUUCUUAAAAAAUACUUCCCUACUGCAGAUGAAAGAAUUCUGGAAUAUGACAUUGACAAUGUUCUCUAUGAUGAGAGGUCUGAGUUCCAGAAAAUUCUUAUUGUUCAUUCGAAAAGUCUUGGCAAUCUGCUUGUCCUUGAUGAUUUGCAAAACUUAUCUGAAAGUGACCUGAUUUACACGGAGACACUGAUGCAACGGGGGAAAGAGGACUACAAGGACAAAGAGAUCGUGAUCCUUGGCGGCGGAGAUGGGGCCUUGCUGUGGGAGCUCCUGAAAGAGAAGCCAAAGUUCGUCUCCAUGCUGGAGAUUGAUGAGAAGGUGAUCAAAGCAUGUCGAAAAUAUAUGAGAAGUUGCUGUGGGACGUGCUUGGAUGAAUACAAAGGAGAAAAUUAUGAGAUAAUAGUUGAAGACUGCGUAAAGAUCCUGGAGAAAAUGAUAUCCGAAGGCCGCAAAUUUGAUUAUGUGUUUGGAGAUUUAACAGAUAUUCCUAUUUCAUCUAGUCCUCAAGGUGAAGUUUGGGACUUCAUCAGGCAGAUUCUUAAUUUGUCUAUGGCAGUGCUUAAACCAACUGGAAAAUACAUGACUCACGGCAAUGGAGCCUCAUGUCCAGAGUCACUUAAGAUGUACGAAGACCAGCUAAUGAAGCUAAAUGUUCCUGUCAAAUUUUCACGUGACCAUGCUUUCAUACCUUCAUUUAUGGAAGACUGGAUUUUCUACCAAGUUUCUCUCCAGCAAAAUUAGCAAAGAAUUGUACAUUCAAAUAAAAUAACUUGCUCCUCUGACACAAAUAUAAGAUGAAUGUAUGCUUCUAGCGAAAUGUGCAGAGAAAGCACGAAUAAUUUAUUGAUCAUGGCUUAAAAUAGCCAUUUGCGGGUAACAAAAACCAGGUUUUACUGUGCCAUUGUUUUGAAACAGACAGUGAAGCAUUCUGAUCAAGAACAGAAUAAUAGAUAGUUUUCAGGGUUGUUUUAGCCAUGUACUAUUGUCAGAUAAAAUGUGUUAGGAACACACUGUAGAGCUAGCAGUUUACAAGGUUAAAAAAAAUAUAGUAACUUCUUAGAAUUGUAGAAGCUAUCUGUGAUAUCUUAAUGUAUGACGUAAGUACUUGAUGAAUCUCAAGAUGAAUUUACUUUUCUGCAGAUGCUUAAAAUAUCUGCAUUGAUGGAACUGUUAAAUGUGAAUUAGGUAUUAAUGAUACCAAAGUUUUGAGGACUGCUAGUAAGUUAUGGAAAUAUUUAGACAUUUUAGAUUUUCUCACGUCAGAUUUACCUGCUUUCUUUAAUUAUAUUUGUACCACAUUUUCUUAAGCUUCACUGCAGAGUAUGAAAAUAUGUCUUUGAUAUUGUCAACAAUUUCAAAUAUUGAAUGAUGCCAACAGUGCAUAAAAUUUCUUGUUCAUGAAUGGGCUGUUAAUAUGUUGAUAGGCAAUUUAGCAGAAAUGUGUUUGUGUUCUCUGCUUACGAAUGUGUUACUAUCAUUGUUAAAGAAUUGAUUUAGCUUAAUGGAAAUUCUAACUGUACUUCUUUCUACUGAUUAAUACAGUGUUUUCUCACAACUGAUAUUGCUGUGGAAUUUUGUUGCUCCUCUCUAGGAUGUAUUCAGUACAGUAAAUACUUGACUUGGGUAUCUGUUCUGAAAUUUGGAAAUAUGGUACUUACUCAACUACAGAGACCCUUCAUUACUGGGUCACACCCACUUACAUCAAUUAUCUCACAAUUAUAUCUUGAUUUAACCUUUUCGCUGUCAAAUUUAAUCAUCUACAUAAAAAACG